AAAAACCCACAGACAGUUCAGUAUAUAUCUACUCCGGCCGGUUAAACAUGUGUAUCUGCUGUGGAUGUGAUUGCUUUAACAUCUCAGCAGCAGGAAAUCAACAGAAACCUGCAGGCAUCUGCGACUUCUUCCUAGCCAUAUUCCUGCCUCCAGUUGCGGUAUAUAAUCGAACUGGAUCAUGCGGGUCCGAAGUCUGGCUCAAUCUCCUGCUGACAGUUGCAGGAGUCAUACCCAGAAGCAUUCAUGCUGUCAUUACCUUACAAAACUAAAAGAAUAUAUGUAGUGUGGUCUGCAACUAAAGAAGAUCGAAUCACAAGAUGAUUUAUCUUAUUAUAUAAGGAAAAAAGAAGAUGAUCAAAUUAUGUAAUGAUUGAUUCAGUUGUUGAAGGAGGUAAUAUCACACUGUUAUGAGAAUUCAUCAAUUAUGAGGAAAUCAAAUUGAUUGAUUUCAAGAAUUAGAACCGCUUCUUUUUUCUUUUUAUAAUAAGAUCAAUCAUCCUGUAAUUUCAUCCCCUUUAGCAACAAAUUAUGUUGUCCUAU